UCGUCGCACGUGCCGAUCGUCCGUCCGACCGCCGAACGGGAACCCGGACCCGAACCGCCGGACAUGGAGGCCUGUCUGCGCGCCGUGAGCUACACGUGUCUGCAGCGCAAGACCGCGGUGUACUUGGACGCCCUGAACCGGCUGGACCGGAUACGGCUGUUGGGCGACUUCGUAACCGCGGUCCGGACGGAGCCCGUGGACCCCCGAAAGACCGCCAUCAGCGAACGGCUGCUGGACGCCCGCGGCCACAACACCGUCCUGUCGCUGUCCGUCCUCGUCGACGCCGUCGUCCGCGACAUCCUCAAAAGCCACGUGCUCAGGAUCAGCUUUCCCGACAUCGCGGACUUUGGGACUUCUCGCGGUUAUCCGGCCGAAAACAAGUAA